UUAAUCUUCUUGAACAAGCAUCUCAUCCUCGCAUCAAUGCCGAAGGGAGGAGGGAAGGGUAAGCCGAAGGAGGCUGGGGGCGAGAAACCUGACAAGAAAGCUGGCAAGGAAAAGGCUGCAUCGAAAAGGUCGCUUAGAAAGUCGCAAUCGUCCUCCGUGGUAGCGAACGAGAAUAAGCGACGUAGCGCUGCACAAGGGCAAGAUGGCGAAGGAAAGGGGGCAGGCAAACAAGAGCCCGUAGUAGAGCCGGAGUGGAACAGUGAGAGCGUCAGGGCUCACAAAUUAUUAACGGAUGGCUUCACAUACUCCAUGAUCAUGGGCAUGGAGGACUCUUCAGACCUCACUUCAAUCGGAUACUACUUGUAUCACGCGAUCAAAACUGGGGUUCGGAAGCGAUUCAUAGCGCUGAGUGGAGAGGAAAUCGCAUCGGUAUGGAAUUUCUUAAUGUUUUUUAUGCGAACAUCUACAGUUACAAUUUUGUUGGUGCUGUAGAAAGUCAAAAAAUUCAUAUCAGCUUCAAAAACGGGCAACGAGACAAAUCAGGAGUUAGAUUUUUGGGAGAGGAUGGACAUUUGGGCAGAGGCUGUGAAACACAUUCUGAUUCAAAUGAAGAGCAGUGUGACUACUGAAUUAACUGCUGGGACGGCGAGAAAGGUUACCAAAAUCCAAAAUAUAGUAGAAUUUUGUAAAUGUGUAAAAUAAAAUAGACGAAAAAUUGUAACUCGUUGGCCUUACUUUCAUUAUUUCACUCAGGAGCUAGAACUUACUGGAGCGAGAUCCAAGGAUCUGAUCCAACAUAUGCAAGUGCCCCUCAAUUUGAAAGCUUCGGACGAGCAAUCAGAUGAAAGUGGUGGAAUUCGAGAACCACCUCCCGUUCCACCCUCAACCAGCUCCAGACUGAACUCCGGAAAUGAUGCCGAACCAAAUAGUAGUAAGCCAAAUAAGAAGGGAGGAAAUAAGGACCUCACCGGAGCUACUUCUACGGGAUCAAUAACUAAAAAAUUGGGGUCCGAAGCAUCAAAUUCAUCCUCAAACAAGUCCAGAUCUACCAAUAUGCGGAAGCGCGGAGAGAUACCAUUGCCCAGUUUGGAAGAGAUUAGUACGACGCUGUAAUUUUUAUGUGGCUAAAAAUCUGAGCAGACAAAUUGUAACAAUAUAGACUAACAGUUAUGCUUUCUCUGCAGAUGAUACCCCUCAAAAAGGACCCGAAUUGUAUGUCAUCUUGCAAGGAUUUUAUAAUCCAAAAAUUAUCCAGGAGUUGCUCAAAAUUGGUACUUUUUAUUAAGAAUUAUUUAUUCAUUUUUUAACAUUUAAUAUUUUAAUAAAUUCUUUACUAAUGUAAAGGAGUUACUGUUGAUGGAAUUUUACUGCUCACCGAUCAGGAAGUCACGAAACGUAAUUUUAGUGUGGCCGACAUUGAGGACAGCAUUCCUGGAACCUUUCGCCCCCGAAAUAUUUUACCGGAUUAUCUCAAAUAUCUUGAACAGCAGUCAACGUUACCUCGUCAAGAGUUGGUUUCCAUUUUUCAGUUCAAUAAUCAUUAAUUGAUUAUAAAUAAUACUGACUUCUGGAUUGAUUAGGCGAGAUAUUGUAGGCCAAUUUUGGGCCGGGUUAGCCGAAAUGUACAAUUCUGCUCCGCCAGACUCCCCCUUAUUGGACUGUGCACUGAUGAAUUUUAAACUUCCAAAGGUAUCAGAUUCAUAGUUUGCAUUCAUCAUCAUAAAUAUUAUUCAUCUAUUGCAAAAUUUGUCAUCAUUUCAGAAUGAGCAUGGAUUGGAUACAUCCGAGGCGAGAGGCGCUUAUGCUUCCAAACUAUUCGACGAAGCUGCUCAAAGGAUUUAUGAAAUGCUAGUUAUGAGCGAUUGGUUUCAUGAUUAUACAAAUUGCUCCACCGUGAAACAGGCACGUAAACUGAUCAAACUUAUGAAGUGCCGUGGAUAAUUAUCUCAAUUUCUCACGUCUUCCUUAUUUAAGAUUAAACCUAUGGAAAAAGAACUCGAACGUGAAAUUUACGAAACUUUGCUUAACCAAGUUCCCUCAGAAUGCGUCACCGUGCCCAUCAUUAUGGAUUGCAUUUUAGAACAAGUGGUUUCAAACGUCGACCAACCUCCUCCACUUCCAGAAAAUGCGAACAAGCAGGACCGCGCGGACGGCGAUGAUCAAGCAAAGUACGCCGAGUUUAACAAAUUUGGGAAGCCCGACUGGGGAGACAGGAUUUUGCAAGUUUGUUUUCUGCAUAUUAUGUGCUACAUUUGUUGUAAGUUAUUAAUUUUAUUAAUCCUCAAAUACUCGUAUUAAAAAUAGGAUGGUCUGAAAACUUUGAAGAAGCACAACAAGAAGGAGACUAAAGCACAAAAGGUGGUGGGGCCGGUCUUCACCCCACCACUUUAUAUUAAGUAUGGAGAUUAUGCCAGCAUUCGAGCCUGUCAUUUAAAUGGUCCGUUUACAACUAUUCUACUCAAUUCUUAGCAAUCUUAUUGCAAUGAAACUUCAUUUUAUUUAUUUAUUAUUAUUUAAUCAUCAAACUUAGAAACUGUUGCGUCGCACAUCGCAUCUACCCAAAUUGCUGGUGACCUCAGAAACGUGCAAGGACUCUUGUGGGGCAGUAUUCCCGAAUUUAAUAAAGGAUUAUACAUAAAACUGAUGGCAAAUCUGAACCAUUUCAUGUAUUUCUUGCCCCCGGGCGCCAUUCACAUGGAAGGUGAUUAUAGAUGUGCAAAUAAAACUCCUAAUCAUAUUUUUGUAAAAUAAUUGCCUUCCUAGACAUGUUCUUCGUUAUUCAUCUCCUAAUGAGCGCCGGAGUGGAAGCCCAAUUACACAAAGAAGCUGAACUUGCCAAGUCCAAAGAAGAAGAGCAACGCUACGCCAAGAAAAGAUUUUCCCAAAUGGU